AUGCAACAAGCUAAAGACUUGAUGACACAAAAACAACACAUUGAAACAUUUGUGAUCAUGCAAACUGAUAAAGCUCGCGUUGAUUAUCACACUUUACUAAGUGGAGCACUUGAUUGCACACGAUGGUUGUUGCGACAGGGUUUGGCUUUUCGUGGGCACGAUGAAUCUUUGAAAUCGAGCAAUAGGGGUAAUUAUAUAGAGUUUAUGCAAUUUCUUGCUGAUCAUAAUGAGAAAGUUAGGAAGGUUGUGUUUGAGAAUGCUCCCAAGAAUCUCAAGUAUACUUCUUCCGAUAUUCAAAAUGAUCUUGUUCUUGCUUGUGCUAUUGAAACUAUUAAUGCAAUCACUAAAGAUAUGGAAGUCGUGGUUGAGGUGGUUAAAUGGAUUAAAAGUGAUCGCAACCAAGAUAAUCUCGGUGAAGCAACUAGGUUAUUCAAAGACAUACAAACUUUUGAUUUUGCGUUUCACCUUUUCUUGAUGAGACUUAUAUUGGGAAUUACUAAUGAGUUAUCACAAGCAUUGCAAAAGAAAGAUCAAGAUAUUGUGAAAGCGAUGACAUUAGUGGAUGUCCUUGAUAUGCAACUAAAGGAAUUGAAUGAUCGCUUCAAUGAGGUAAACACUGAGUUGCUUCUUUGUAGUUGCAACCGCUUCGAUGGAGAGAGCUUUUUCUACUAUGAAGAUUGUGAAAACACCAUUGCGUAA